CGGGGGAUGGGGCUGGAGAUAUGCCGGCAGCUUGCGGCUCACGGGCUCACCGUCGUCUUGACGGCGAGGGACGAGAAGAGGGGCACUGAGGCAGCCGAAAAGCUCCGGGAGGAGGGGCUACCGGAUGUCAUGUUUCAUCAGUUGGAGAUCAGCGAGCCCGCCAGUGCCGCUCAUCUGGCUGCUUCCAUAAAGGACAAGUUCGGCAAGCUUGACAUAUUGGUACAGUUGCUUAAAUUUUCAAAUGAAGUUUUCAAUUUGCAAAGGAUUUGUGAUACAGAAGGCAAUUUCAACAAAAUUGAUGAUCAUCGCACUCACGCACACCCAUAGUAGCCGGAAACGGGUAACGGUGGGCCGUCCCUCGAUCUGGAUUCAUCGACCCGGAAUCAGAUUCGGGAACAAGGGUCGAUUCGGUAAGAUUCGAUGCGGAUUCGGUGUUUCCGCAGCUGGAUCGUCGAUUCAGGUUCGGCGACUCGACAGUCUUGGUUCUUGAAUCGAUCGAGUAAGCAAAAGGCUGCUAAUAAAUUUUCCAUUGGGAAGGAGAUAAUAUAUUUUAGUCUUCAUGAAUCGACGAUGCAGCCAGUUCCCUGUAUAAGUACUCCCUCGGUCCCUCCCAGCCAGUUGCUCCCCGCACCCGUAAAGAUUCACGUUUCUCGUUCCAUGCCCCCGACUCUCGUCCCCCGUUCCCGUUCCUCGUUCCCACCGUACCGGAAACAUGGCAACUAUGCGCACACCGCACCGCAGGUCAACAAUGCCGGAGUGCUCGGGGUGACCACGGACGUCGGCGACCCGGCAACCCUCCAGGAGACGCUUGCAGGCAUGGAUGGGAUGGAGAGAGCCGAGUGGCUGAGGCAGCGGACCACGCAGACCGCCCAGGAUGCAGAGGACUGCCUGAGGAUCAACUACCACGGCAACAAGACCGUCACGGAAGCCCUCCUCCCGCUCCUCCGGUCCUCCUCCGACGGCAGAAUCGUCAACGUAACCUCUGCCUGGGGCUUGCUCAGGUAUUUCAGCGGCGACGAGCUCCGGCGGGAGCUGGACGACGUCGCAAACCUCACGACGCAGCGGCUCGACGAGAUGUCGGGCCUGUUCCUCGAGGACCUGGGCACGGGCAAUGGCGCGCUGGAGCGCCGCGGGUGGCCGGCCGACCCGGUGUACGCCGCCUACAUGGCGUCCAAGGCGCUGGUGUGCGCCUACACCAGGGUGAUCGCCAGGGAGGAGGGCGCUGCGUUGCGGGUCAACUGCGUGCACCCCGGCUACGUCGUCACCGGGAUGAACGACUACACCGGCAUCCUCACCGCCGCCGAGGGCGCCGCCGCCGCGGUUGUAGUUGCGCUCGCGGAGAAGGGGGGAGUCACCGGCGCCUACUUCGAUCGCACUGAACUGGGAGCGUCCUUUGUGUGAUUUCUCCGUGGAGCAGUUGUUAGCUGGAUAUCUUUUUCAAUAAAGUUCAAUCUACUUAAUAUUACUUGAUCUUUUGCAAUAACACAAUGUCAUGAGUUGGUCCAGAUAUCUAGAAUUAUGUUUUGUUCA